AUGAUGAAUCCAUUGAUAAAAAAUGGGAAUAAAAUUCGAUGGAAAUGCGAUGAGAUCACGUAUAUUGACAAAAAAGGAUUAUUAAGUGAUGUUCACAAAAUCGAUCAAUUUGAAUGGAAAAUCAAAAUCACAAAAGACGAGUCAAAAUAUUACGGUGGAGUCGGGAUUUUUAUGAGUUUAGACUUUGAAAAUUCCGCCAACAAAACGUGGAUUUGUGAAAUUGACGCGGAAAUCGUUUUGGUGAAACAGGAAGAUAGAAUUCAAGGAAAAUCGAUAAGCAAAAAGUUCAAUUUUUGUUUCGAUCAGAAACAUCCACUUUGGGGAUUUCCGAGAUUCACUGAUUUGGACACUUUUAUGGAGGGUGGAUUUAUUGAAAAUGACGAUGAAUUUAUUGUUAUUGAAGUGUUUUUCGAUUUUAAAUAUGUUGAAUUUGGCAAACAUAUUCCAGGAUUCACAGAUUUGAUUGUUUCUGUUGAAGAUGCUGAUUUUUAUAUCAAUAAAGGGGUAAUAAAAAAAAACACAAAGUUUUCUGAAAAAUCGGAAUUUUUGCAGUUUCUCUGCGCGAAAUCCAAAUAUUUUUUCGACAUGUUAGUCAACAAAAAAGUCGAAGCCAACAUCAAAAUCGACAUUUCACCGCGUGAAUUUCGCCUAAUUCUCGCCUCAUUUUAUUCGUGUUUCACAAUUUGCGACGACAAUUUCUACAUGGCUUUCGAUGCCGAUGAAACCGGGCCAAAAAUCAAUCUUGUCGAUUUGGCGAAUCGAUUUGGAGUGCCGGAUUUGCAUUAUAAAUGUGAACAAUAUUUGAUAACUCAGAAGGAGGAUAGUAUGAGUUUGAUACAGAAAAUCGAAUUGGCCGAGCAAAAUGAUUAUGAGAAUUUGAUGGUUAGUUAGAUAUUUUUGAAGUUGAGGAAAUAAUGUUUCGUGAUUUUUUCAGAAGCGCCUUGUAUUAUGUCUAAAAACAGCGAAAGAUGUUAAGAAAAUCAAGGAAAGUGAAGAAUUCAAUGGUUUCAAGGAUACCACAAAAAUCCGAAUUCUUGCCAGAUUAUUGGAUUUUUAUUAG